UAGAAGGGCCAUUGUUUGAAUACACAGAAAUAAUCUGAAAGGCAGAUUGUCAUCCACCGAUCUCUCAGCUUUCUUUGGAGUUGAAGCCCUCCUGUUGGCCUCUCCCAUCACGGGGGUGAGAAUUGAUUUUUGAGGACAGACCCUUUAGAUCUGAUAUGUCUUUGCAUGUCUAACCUUCCUACCCCAGUGUCUCAAGAUUUUGGUAAAUUGGAAAAUAAGAGUUCAUUCAUCUAUUGGUAGACAUUUGUAGAAAAGGGUCUCUGGACAUCUGGAGAAGAAGAAAACUCUCUUAUGGUCUAGUGCUACUCUUGUUCUUAAUGAACUUGUUCAUUAACUUACUAGCUUUGUUCCUGAUUCUUGCUCUAUUCCUCUUUUUCAUUUUGAGUGAUGGUUGGAUGGAGGGUUAAUCAGUAUGGAUAGCAGCCAGAAAUCUAACCAAGAUCAGGUAGGUGGGAAGUCCAGCAAUGUUAUUGGAAUCCAGUUUAAGUGUUUCUUGUUUAUUAACAAUAAGAAUUCAUAUCUCAGAUUUUUGGAGGCUGGGAAGUUCAAGAUCAAGAUGCUGGCCAAUUUGGUUCCCUAGUGGAGGCUCUCUUCCUGACUGGUAGAUGACAGCCUUCUUGCUGUGUUCUCACAUGACAGAGAGGAAGCAAAGUCUAUGGUGGCAGUUAUAUCAAGGAAGAAUUGGGACUUGUGGCUGCACUGUUCCAGAAUUUAAAAAUUAGAAAAUGGAGCAAUCAUGUGAUGAAGAAAAAGAGCCUGAACCACAAAAGAACAUAAAAGAAACCAAACAAGUAGAUGACAAAGACGCUGAGCUCAUCUUUGUUGGUGUAGAACAUGUAAAUGAAGAUGCUGAGCUAAUCUUUGUUGGGGUGACUUCAAAUUCAAAACCAGUCGUUUCAAACAUUUUGAACAGAGUCACCCCGGGUUCAUGGUCAAGGAGAAGAAAGUAUGGUCACCUUAGAAAAGAUACUGCUCACAAAUUACAGCCUACAAGUCAUGAGACCCUUACAUCAGAAGCAGUGACUGUCUUGCCAGCUUCCCAACUUGAAUCGAGAUCAGCAGAUAGUCCUAUUAUUAUUGAGCCUUUGUCUAAACCUGAUUAUAAAAAUAGUUCACCACAAGUUGUGCCUAAUAGCUCUUCAGAACUGCCUUCUCCUUUGAUUACAUUCACAGGUUCAUUGCAUCAUCCAGUAAGUGCAGCACUUUCAGUAGGAGGUAUAAAUGAAAGUCCUUGUGUAUCAAAGCGACUUUCUACUUCUGAAGUAAACAGCAUAAAUCCCAAAAGGUCUAAACUCAGGGAUGGAAUUAUGGAAGGAUAUUCUUCAGCUUCAUCCCCUUCAGAUACCUUUCAUACAGUGAAUACAGUGAGUACUCAGCAAAGUACACCCUCAAACAAUGUGCGUACCUCAUUAAGCCAUGUUCUGAAUGGAGCACCUUUUCCAGAAACUUUUCCAAAGGACAAUAUCCAUUUCAAGCCUAUAAAUAUAAAUCUUGAUAGGGAAAAUGAAUUGGCAAAAACAGACAUUUUGAGUCUAGUAAGCCAAAACAAGACCCUUGAUCCCAAAAAAGAAAAUCCAGUCAUGUUACUUAGUGACUUUUACUAUGGACAGCAUAAAGGAGAUGGGCAGCCAGAACAGAAGACUCAUACCACCUUUAAAUGCCUCAGCUGCUUGAAAGUUCUAAAAAAUGUUAAGUUUAUGAAUCACGUGAAGCAUCAUUUGGAAUUUGAGAAGCAGAGGAACGACAGCUGGGAAAACCAUACCACCUGCCAGCACUGCCACCGGCAGUUUCCCACUCCCUUUCAGCUACAGUGUCAUAUCGAAAAUGUCCACACUGCCCAGGAGCCCUCUACUGUCUGUAAGAUCUGUGAAUUGUCAUUUGAAACAGAUCAGGUCCUUUUACAACACAUGAAGGACAUUCAUAAGCCUGGUGAAAUGCCCUACGUGUGCCAUGUUUGCCAUUACAGAUCAUCGUUCUUUGCUGAUGUGGAAACACAUUUUAGAACAUGCCAUGAAAACACAAAGAAUUUGCUUUGUCCCUUUUGUCUCAAAAUUUUCAAAACUGCAACACCAUACAUGUGUCAUUAUAGGGGCCAUUGGGGAAAGAAUGUACAUCAGUGUUCUAAGUGCCGACUACAGUUUUUAACUUUCAAGGAGAAAAUGGAGCACAAGACCCAGUGUCAUCAAACGUUUAAGAAGCCUAAACAACUAGAAGGAUUACCUCCUGAAACAAAAGUUAUUAUUCAAGUGUCGCUGGAACCUCUUCAACGAGGUUCAGUGGAAGUAGCACCCAUAACUGUGAGCACAUCUGACCCUGAACCAUCACUCCCCAGUUCUAAAAGCAAAAUUUCAAAAAAGUUUCAUUAAUUCUGGUUUCAGUAAAUUUAAAGCAGGUUUUCAAACUGAAUUUAAAAAUGUCAUAAAA